CAUCUACCUAAGUAUACGAUAUAUCAAUCUACUAUGAAGGCUCAUGAGUAAAACUUGUUCGAAAAUAAGUACAGAGAAUCUUUUAUUUAUCUUUCGCGAAUAUCAGAUUAAACGAGAAAAGAAAGAUUUAAACAGGAUCCACAUUCAUAUGCAUGAAUGAUGCGUUAAACAAUGUAAUCGAAGUGACUAUCAGUGACAGCAACAUUAGGGAUAAAUGAAAAAUCGUGCAGCGUAUUGAAGGAAGUAGAGUGGAAUGCGUUGAAAAAAGUAAAAGCAAGAUGGAGCUACGAAAUGGAUUUAGUUUUGUCUUACUAUAAAACCAUUACUACUUCGUGGUAAAUAUCGUGUAGUUGGAUUGGCUGAAUGGAUACGUAGAAGAAAUACGAAUGAACGAAGAUACUAUUGCGUUAUGAUUUGUCUUUCAUAUUGGUCAAUUAUUUUAAUUAUUUUAUAAAAGAUGAUUUGUAUAUACAUGAACAUGUUAUUUAUAAUGAAACAGAAGUCAUUCAGUCAGAAUGAAAGUAACCGCCGUUAACGAAACGGCAACGAACGUGUGUAUAAAAUUUAAAGAUGUCAGAACGUGUUUAAAUUGUCGUUAUUGUGGAAUUGACAAUGGAAGAUUUUAACGAUGGUGUGGAUGGUAAAUUGGCUUUUAGAAUGCGAAAAGUCAAUCCAGAACAAUUUCACACUCUCGUCAAAAUGCAUCUAUCUUUUGAAUUGGACCUCAAUACCGAGGACAAUGAUUGCAUCAAUGAAAAGACAAAGUUGAAAAAGUGGGGUCUCUUAAGCUUCUCAAAGAAACCUAAGUCAACAAUUAAUUUACAAAAAGGAGUUGAAGGUGCUAGCUUAUCUGAAGAUGGAAUAAAUCAAGUAAAACAGUUGAUAGAAUAUUUAUCUAAAGAACAAAAUAUUAUACAAGAAGGUAUAUUUCGACGUACUGGUAAAUUAACAAGGCAACAAGAUUUAAAAACUGCAUUGUAUCAAGGCAUUCCAUUGAAUCUUAAUGAUGGCCGAUACAGUGUACAUGAUUGUGCAUCAGUAUUAAAAGGAUUUUUGGCUGAAUUACCAGAGCCAUUGUUAUCAGAUUUGCAUUAUCCUGCACAUUGUCAAAUUGCUGAAUUAUGUAGUUCUGAUUUAAGUGGGAAUGAUGCAAGGUUAUUAAGAUCUCUGCAACUACUUUUAUUACUUCUACCAUCUAUAAACAGAGUUUUACUUAAGUAUGUCUUGAAUCUUCUGAAUAAGACAGCUAGUUUUGAAUCUAAUAAUAAAAUGAACUGUGAUAGCCUUGCUACACUUUUUACACCACAUUUAAUGUGUCCAAGAAAAUUAUCACCAGAAGCUUUACAUAUCAAUUCUCAAAAUUUAUCAUGUUUAGUUGCCUUCAUGAUUAAAAAGGAAAAUGAACUAUUUGAAAUUCCACCAAAAUUAGCUACAGAUAUCAGAGCAUAUUGGGUAGAGCAAGAAAGAAAAUUACUAAGCCCUAAAAAUAUAGAUUUAAAUGAAUCUAUACCAGAUACAACAGGUACAGCACACACAGUAUUCAGUUUUGUGGAUCAUAAAUUAACAGCAAAAGCAAAUUCUACGCAAGAUACUCAGGCAGCAUUAGCACAACUGUAUGCUCACAUACAAGCUAUGCCAGAGUCAGCUAAAAAACGUAGGCUUGUAAAACAAUUUAAUAAAGAAAAUGGUCAAGGUACACCAAGACAAGUUAAACAUUUUCGCACUAAAAGUCUUGGAGAUUCAAUUAAAAAACACAUAUUCCAGAAAAAGAUUUUGGGGCAUAAAAAAUUUGAUAUUAAUGUAGGUUGUAAUAUCACUAGAUCAAGUAGUGAAGAAAACAUAUUGUCAUCGAAUCUAGAAAAAUCAUUACUUCAAACAAAAGUAUUACUUAGCAAAUCAGAUGAUGAGCUUAGCAUGGAAAAUUAUGAUACAAAUAAUGAUAGCCUUCUUCAUACUAAACAUAUUAGUAAUAGUACUGGUAGUCUUAAUACUCCCACAUUAAGGAGUUAUAAAGACAAGAGAAAGGCUAUAUUGAUGAAAUUUGUAAAUAUAAAUGAGGAACAAAUAGUUCAAUAUCAUGAUUGGAAUAUAAAUAAAUCAGAUAAAGGAUCAUAUAUAGAUGAAUCCAUAAAUUCAAAGUCAAGUAACGCGAACAUAUCUUUGCAAGAUUCUAACAAGGAAUUAAGAGGGGAGAAUAAUACUGCAAUUAAUACUGAUAGAUUAUCUAGACAUCUCAGUGAACCACCAGAUAUAUAUUCUUCUCAAAGUACUUUGUAUGAAACAAGUCAAAAUGAAUUAUAUAGACAAAGUUCAGAACCUACAUUUUCAGUGUCAGAAGCAACUCAUACAGAAAUGAUACCUGUAGCUAAGUAUAGCGAAGAGAACAAAAAAGCAGUGGAACAUUCAAAAAUGGAAUCACACUCUGAUAAUGCAUGUGUUCAUUUAUCUCCUGUUGUGAAGAAUAGACUUUGGAAUGUAUAUGUUGCCCACACAUCAACGCCAUCAAAUUUAUUACGCAAAAGCUUAGUUACUAAUGACUACAUGUUAACUCCUAUUACUAACAAUGAUAAGAGCAUGAGCCCAAUUACGCAAAGUGCUACUAAAAUGACAAAAGCUAUGCAGGAAACAAUGAUGACACCCCGAUCUAGAAAACCAGUAAUGAUGGUUUCUGGAUCAAACCUAUGUAAUCUCGCUUCUGUCAAUAAUAGUUGGAAUCAACAGAGUAAUAACAUACAUGGUCCAAACCUUGAUAUUAUUGGUCCAAUAAAUUGUACUUCAAUUCUAGAAGAAUCUCAAAAGCCCAAUAACACAGACAGCGAAAUUGUAUACAACGAAGUUAUUGACUUGGAAGAUAAAGAAAAUUUAAACAAAAAUACAACAGAGAAAAGAAGAUUUGUUACAUCAAUUACCGAUGACUAUUACACAAUCAAACAACAAAGUACAAUGUCUAUAACAAGCACAUUUAGGGAAUAUUUAUUGUCUAGAAGUGUGUUAACUGCUAGUCCUGUAGAUCUCAGUUUUUCGUCGCGUACUGGAGAUUUUGAACAAUCAGAAUCCGACUUAAAUAUUUUAAAUGAGGAUGGCCUUUCUGAAAGCUUACUUUGUUGUUUAAAUGGAAAUCAACCUGAAUCUGAUACUUCUGGUAUUGCAUCUGGUAGUACUAAUAGCGCGAAUUCGUCGGAGAAGAAUGAGGAAGUGGCAAGUUCGCCAAGAAAACGAGCAACUAGUUUACAGCGUAAUGAUUCUAAGAAAUCAAUAAAAGAAUCUAGAAAAUUAAGAAACAUACAAGGACAAGGUUUCAGAAAUAAGCAAUUAAGCGAAUCAACAUUAAAUUCUGUAAAAAUAAAAGACACAUUUCAAGAAACUUCAUUUUGACAAAGUGAUAUAAUCACGAUAUAUACCAAAAUCAACGUGUUUAAACAUAUUAUGACAUUAAUAAUUUAUUCAUUUCUAUACAUAUCUUUAUGCAUACUUUUUCGCUUUAAUAAUACCUUUUACUUUGAAAAGAGAUAUUAAUAUAAAAACUUAUGAUAUCAAUAGGUUUUCUUAUGAAUGGUAUGAAAACAAAAUUUUAAAGUUUACUUUCAUUAUAUAACUUUCUAUUUUUUAAAACUUCCAUUACUUCUGUAUUUCUAUAAUAAAGAUUAAAAUAUAU